AUGGCCAACAACUUCAAUAAUGGCGACUACUAUGGCAAUACCUCAUUCCGUAUGACUCCCACGACCUCUGGUAGCCAGUCCAACACCUCUCAUGCCGCCCUUGACUGUAGCAACGCCGACAUGAUGAUGAUGAUGACAUUUGCGCCUUUUGAUCCCCUCCGAAUGGGCGACUUUUCUUUCUCUGAAUCUCAUGGGUCAGAUAUGCUGCCGAGCGGCAUAUCAGCAGACGAGCUGCUGGGUUCUAGCUCGUCUCUUCCUGCGCCCCCUGUGCCGUUGGCUGACCAAUUGCCCAAUGCAUUGUUCCCGUAUGACCCGCUGUCUGGCAUGGAGAACUCGGUGCCCAUGGCACUGGACGCUGCAAGUGCAAUUGCAUACGGCCAUUCUUCCGUAUACCAACAAUCCUCCUUGAUGUUUGAACAGACCUUCAAUGGACAGCCAAUGCAGCAGCUUCCUUCGUUUCAGAACCAGACUAUGAGCCUAGAUCCAACUGCCCCCUACUCUUCUACCUUGCAAUCGCAUCCAUCGAGCAGCAACACCUAUUGGACAUCCUCAGUUGAUGCCAAAGAAAGCACCAAUAUGGCCCAAGCCACGUCCAUGACCAGCAGAUCAACCAACGCCUCGAAAUCAUCUGAGUCUUCAAGAAGCCAGCAGUUACCGCACAGGCGACGCCAGCAUCUUCAGGCCCCUACAACGCAAGGUCUUUCUCACCGUUACAUUCAGCCCAAGAGGCCAUCGCCCAUGAAAACUUCAAUCAAGUCGGCGACCACCGCUAACCCCAGCCAGGCCGAGGUCGUCUCUAGGCCUAACCCCAAGAUUGAUAUCGGCGCUGUAGAUUUGUCAUGUGCAUUUGCACUGUGCGACAUCCACCAGGAGGAUCAUCCUAUCAUUUAUGUAUCGGAGGCUUUUGUGCGGCUGACUGGAUACACUGAGCGGGAGAUUGUCGGCCAGAAUUGUCGUUUUCUUCAGGACCCCAGUGGCGUGGUUCAGCGGGGCAUGCCCCGGAAGUUCGUCGAUCAGCAUACGGCAUUCCGAUUGCGGUCUACAAUAGAGCACCGUGGAGAGAUCCAGGCCACCAUCAUUAACUACAGGAAGGGCGGUCAGCCAUUCAUGAACCUGAUCACAAUGGUUCCUGUCCGGUGGAAUUCGCCUGAUUAUCGAUUCUAUGUCGGGUUCCAGGUCGAUCUCGUGGAAAAGCCAGAUGCUAUUAAAAUGAGAAAUCCAGAUGGUACGUACAUGAUUAACUACCAGCGGAAGCAGCUGCCUAAUUAUGUGGCGCCUCCCCCGGACAUCUAUACGUUGCAUCCGGACUAUGGCACGUACUUCAGUCAUGACCAGGUCUCGACGAUACUGGACAACUUGGACACUCCUGACCAGAGCUACCAGCAGUAUCUGGACCGCGUUCUAGUCGAGAACGCCGACGAUGUCAUUCAUGUACUCUCUUUCGAAGGGGAGCUGUUGUACAUAUCUCCAUCUUGUCGGAAGGUUCUCGGGUACGACCCAAACGAGUUGAUUGGAAAGACACUGUCGACGAUCUGCCAUCCCAGUGAUAUCGGUCCUGUCAUCCGCGAUCUCCGAUCCUGCACCAACUCCGACCCGGUCAGUGUCAUGUACCGCGUUCGGACAAAGUAUAGCGGGUACAUGUGGUUUGAAAGUCACGGCUCGUGGCACAUUGGCGACCGCGGCCGGCAAUAUUUGGUCAUGACCGGCCGAGUCUGUCCCGUGUACCACCUGGACCAGCUCGCAAACAUUGGCAAUGGCGGGUUAGCCGAGAACGAUCUGUGGGCCAAGCUCUCGAUCUCUGGCAUCAUCCUCUUCAUGUCCUCGAAGGCUCGACCAGUACUUGGCCGAGUGUCCGAUGAUCUGGUCGGUAAAGGCAUUCAAGACCUGAUCCCAGCUGAUGCCCGGGAAGAUGCAAAACAGGCUUUAGAGGUGGCUCGCACCGGCCAGCAGACGAGUUUUAGCCAUAAAAUACGGCACAAAAAGGGUCACAUGUUGCAGGCCCAAACCACAUUGUACCCUGGAGACACAAAAGAAGGGGAGAAACCAUCAUUUUUGGUCGCGCAGCUGCGAUUUCCCAAAUCGCCGCAAACUACCCCCGGAACUGAAGAGGUCGUACCUUUCAAUAUCACUGCUACAUUUUCGAGGGACGCUAGCGUAACAGGAAGAAGAAACGUCACUGCGGCAGGCCAACCAACUUCCGAUAAGUCGGCAAGGGGUUCAUCCGGUGAUCAAUACGUGCCGGCUCCCGAUGAACCAACACUUUUCGCCGAACUGAACACGGCCCGAGGUUCAAGCUGGCAAUUUGAGCUCCGCGAACUGGAGAAACAGAACCGCGCCCUGUCCGACGAGGUCCAACGCCUGCUUGCGCGGAGGAAGAAGCGCAAGAGAAAGCAGAGCAUUGUUCCCGUCGAAAAGGCGUGCGCCAUGUGCCAGACCCGGACCACGCCCGAAUGGCGCAGAGGGCCCAGUGGCAACCGCGAUCUUUGCAACAGCUGUGGGCUACGAUGGGCUAAGCAGGUCCGCAAUGCGAUACAGAAAAAGGCCCCAACCACUUAA